AUGGAGACUGGUGACCCGACACCACUUAACGACGUGCCGUGCCAGGAACCAGAGGAAUGGGCGGAUGGGGAUGCACGUACUCGCAUGGAGGAACGCGCUGAAGCUGCUGACGUGGACGGAAUGACUGAGAACGUGGCUUUGAUAGAUGAGAGUAUGGCGGACGCCUAUUUGGACGAUCUCGACGACGCGAGCGACGACGUCGGCGAUGACGGCGAUUCGGAUUUGUCAGCAGACGACGUUGGCGAUGCGGACGACGUUGGCGAAGAGGCAGGCGACAUAGAAGGUGGAAGAGGCGCCGUGGAGGAUGGGGGGGAGCCGAUGGAGAGACGGGGAGGUACGGCGGAGGAGGAGAAGGAAGAAGCAGCGGCGGAGGAACAAGAAGAGGAGGAGGAUGAUGAGGAGGAGGAAGGCGAGGAACUGGAUGAGGCACAGCGCGGUAGGGUGGCUGACGACGAUGAGAUGAGCGUUCACUCGGAGGAGGAAGGGGAGGAAGGAAAGGAGGCGGGCGCGGAGGAGGGGGAGGGGGAGGGGGUAGGCGCGCGUGAGGGGGAUGGAGAAGCUCGGUGUCAAAGGGACGGGGGGACAGGUGGCGAUGGCGAUGAGAGGCCGCGCGGAGUGACUGCACGGACGGGCGGAGGAGUGGCGGAUGGGGGAAGGCGAGAGGCGGGAGGUGAAGAGGCGGAGGUAGCAGGAGAGGGGAAGAGAGAAGCGGAAACAGGUGGGCGUGUGACGGGCGAGGAGCAGAAAGCGAAGGAAAGCGGUGAGCAAUCAGAGGCAGCAGGAGCGAAGGGCGGAACGGAGAGAGGAAAGGUUUCUGUAGCAGCGGAAGCACGUGGGACAGCAGGCGCGCGUGCAGAUGGGGAAACACAAGAAGCACGAGAGGGUGGUGCUGCGGGAGGGAUGCCCUCGCCACACCACGCCCGCAUCGCACAGGGAAUGGCGCCUUCAGCAAAGGGCGCGCCUGUAACAGCUGCAGAGGAACCCCCAGAGUUACCUUCAUCAGGGGAAGCAGCUGUAGCAGCGGCAGAGAUGCCAGUUGCGUAUGUGAAGCGCAUGAUGCGCCUGGAUGGCGAGGUGCGGCAAGUUUCGUCCGAUGCCGCCCAGCUGGUGGCCUCUGCCGCCCACCUCUUCCUCGAGAGCCUCGCUGCUUCUGCCUUCUCCCGCACUCGCUCCGCCCGGCGCCUGACCAUCACCCAGGCUGACGUGGCAGCUGUUGUGCGCUCAUCGGAUAAGAUCAGCGAGUUCAUUGGCUCGUCCAUAUCCUGCCUUCGACACGUCAGCAGCGGUCCAGCUCGUGCUGACACAGCACGGGGGCGGGGGAGUGCAGCAGGGGUGGAGGGGUCGAGGAAGCGGGUGAGGGCAGAGGCAGCAGCGCCAGCAGCAGUGCGGGAUAGGAAGGCACGGUUCAUCACCGCUUUCUUCCUCAAGUCAUAG